AACCGGGAACGAGCAUGCGCAGUGGCACCAGGCAGACGCGGAUAUAAGGCUGUUGGCGCCGGCGCCACAGCUGAUGCAUUCAUUCAUUCUUCACUGAGGAGCUGAGCCAUAACCAUAGACGGCACCAUGUCCAGACGCAGCGAACGCAUCACGCUUCAAGCCAGAGAUUCAAACACGUUUGAGGCGACACUCAGGGUCCCGCUAAAGAAGAGAAGAUCAGAGCUUUCUAAGAAGAAUCUGCCACCUGCUGCCAAGCGACAGAGCUAUGAAAUCCAGAAGCGUUGGUCAGAAAAUGGAGUGAGUCCAUGUAUUCUCAUUGAAACUCCACACAAAGAGCUGGUGCCUGUGGACCCAUCGAGCUUCAAGCAAUACACCUUCAAAAACCUCUUCAUCAAAGCCUCCCCCAUCCCCCCCCUCAGCUGGGCUAGUUCAGACGAUGUGUGGAUCAAGAUGCUCAACAAGGAGCUGAAGUAUGUUCACGAUAAGAGCUACCUGCAGCAGCACUCGAAGCUGCAGCCAAAGAUGAGGGCCAUUCUGCUGGACUGGCUGCUGGAGGUGAGCGAGGUGUACAGCCUUCACCGGCAGACGGCCUACCUGGCACAGGACUACUUCGACCGCUUCAUGCUGACUCAGGAGAACGUCAACAAAGAUUACCUGCAGCUCAUCGGCAUCACUGCGCUUUUCAUCGCCUCUAAAAUAGAAGAAAUCUACCCCCCCAAGAUCUAUGAGUUUGCCUACGUCACAGAUGGAGCCUGUGAUUCGUUGGACAUCCAGCGCACAGAGCUUCAGAUACUGAAGGCGCUGGACUGGAAUCUUUGUCCUGAGACACCCAUAUCCUGGCUGAAGCUCUAUGCUCAGGUCGAAGCCCAGACAGAGGGACACAACUUCCUGGUGCCACAGUUUUCACAGGACACGUACAUCCAAAUCACACAGCUUCUGGACCUGUGCAUGAUGGACGUCAACUCAUUGGACUACAGCUACAGUCUUCUUGCUGCAGCUGCUUUCUGCCACUUUUCCACCUUUGAUGUUGUACGUACAGUGUCAGGUCUGACAUGGGAGAGUGUGGCUCCUUGCAUUCGCUGGAUGAGUCCGUUCAUGGACACGCUGCGAUGUGAAGCCAAACCUCAGCUCAAGAACUUCCCCAAAGUCAAAGCUGAUGACAGACACAAUAUCCAGACGCAUGUGGCCUAUCUGGAGCUGCUGAGAAAAGCUCAGGAGCGUCAAAUCGACAGCACUGACUGCCAGAGGUCACCCCUUGCUGUGGGCACCAUCCUGACUCCGCCCAGCAGCACAGAGAAACCCGCCAAUCACUGAGCAAAACACGAGCAGCAGCAAACUCUACCUCUACACCCGUGGUGUAGUCUACAACAGCUCAACACUGAUCCACAAACUUCAUGUAGGAUGAUUUGGAUUUUACUAAACACUAAGUUUAGGCUUGUUCGUUAAUUCCGGGAGUUUCAAUGGUGCUUCAGAUUUUCAGGAACAAGGAACCCCCUCUUUGCUGCAUUUCACAUUCUUCACUGAGCAGACGGUUUCUCAACAAGCCUUGGUCUGAUACUGCAGAGCUUCUGCAUUUCAGUGUUUGAACUGACCUGAGCCAUUGAGGGCUCGCUGCCUUUUUAAUGUUAUGUUUUUGUUUUUUUUUUGUUACAUUCCUGGAAAACUUGACAAUUGUGCCAUGUUUGUGCUUGUAUUUAUUGAUCAGUCUUUAAAACGUGUAAAGGAAAACUGCUGAAAGAAUCCUUUCGUAACUAAUGAGCUUGGUUUGGUCACUGCCAAAGGCAAAAGCUAUUUAUGACUUUGAUCUGUGCCGCCUAUUGAUUAAAGAAAUGUAUUAGCCUGUUAUUUCUUAGUGCCUUUCGAGAAGAGAACUGUGAUCAUCAACAUCCAACAAACCAUUCAAAGGGCGUUUUAGAUUAAUGCAAUUUCUUUUGUAAAUAGCAAUAUAAAAAUGUAAUUUCAUUUUAUGUCGGAAUAUUUUAAAUAAAUCAAGCAAAACACGUU